AUGGCGGCCCAGCCUCCUGGUGACCGGCACAUCUUCCUGGGCUUCUCCAAGUGCGGCCGCUACGUGCUGUCCUACACGAGCAGCGGCGGCGACGACGUCUUCUCCUUCUACAUGUACCACCUGUACUGGUGGGAGUUCAACGUGCACAGCCGGCUGCGCCUGGUGCGCCAGGUGCGCCUGUUCCAGGACGAGGAGAUCUACAGCGACCUGUACCUGACGGUGUGCGAGUGGCCGGGCGACUCCUCCAAGGUCAUCGUGUUCGGCUUCAACACGCGCUCGGCCAGCGUCCCGCUGCUCAACAUGCUGCUGCUGAGCGACGAGAACCACCGCGACAUCUACGUGAGCGUCGUGGCCAGCCCGCCCGGCGCGCCCUGCGCCGCAUGCCGCGCCGCCGGCGCGGCGCGGGCGCAGUGCGUGCGCCACGGCUUCGUGCUGCACACCAAGUACCAGGUGGUGUACCCCUUCCCCACCUUCCAGCCCGCCUUCCAGCUCAAGAAGGACCACGUGGUGCUGCUCAACACCAGCUACUCGCUCGUGGCCUGCGCCGUGGCCGUGGGCGCCGCAGGCGACGGCGGCGCCGCCGACGCCGAGCUGUCCCCCAAGGCGUCCCCGUGCGGCGCCGAGCCCGGCUACGUCAACUACACGCGGCUGCGCUACGUGCUCGAGCCCGGCGAGCCCGGCGAGCCCGCCGACGCGCCCGGCCCUGCAGAGUACGAGGACGACAAGAUCUCGCUGCCCUUCGUGGUGACCGACCUGCGCGGGCGCAGCCUGAAGCCGCUCAGG